AUGGACCGUCGCGAGGGCCACGGAAGCCGCAGAGGUAGGCCGACUGAGCCAUACAACCGAUACGGCAUCAAGCUCAACAUCGUUCAGAAAUCUGUGCCAGUUGUGGAGAUGGCGACGGACUCCAUCUUUCACCCGAAUGCGUCGUGGCUGUUGCAGGCUGCUUCCGGCAGUAGCAGCAAGGCCGAUGGACUCUACGAGUACUACCAGGACAGAGAGGUGGCUUCGGCAUGUUCCAGGGAGCUCCGUCUCUCCAAGGAUGAGAUGAGCAUUUGCCGAUUGAAGGCCCGCCCAGACAUCCUGGUCGUCGGAACCAAUGGCAAGCGCUCAGUGAUGAUGGCCUUGUCGAUCUUGCUUGCGUUGCGAGACAAGCAAGCGGCCCACAACCUGGAGUGCGACAUCAAGGACCUGGAUGAGAGCUUGUCAGAACCGCUGGCGGAUGUUCUUCAGGGAGCUUACGAAAGAUGUGAGGACGAGGCAAUCUCCAGGAAUGCCCGUGGCGAGAGCGAAGGAGGCAGAGGCGACGACCGGCCGGCCAGCAAGCGCAAGGCCCAUGAGGGAUACGCCGAUGCAUCCUCUCCAAGUCGGAGGAGAGUACGAGCCGACCUUGACAGCCAGGCCAGGAAGGCGACUUCACGGUCGCAAUCCAGACAGAGGCACGUCGUGUCUGACGACGGCUUUGAGGGCUGGGGAAAUGGCAGAGGCAGCCAGGACUCGAAAGACUGGUCCGACUGGGGCUGGCAGGACUGGAGCAGCAUGGGCUGGGACUAUAACUACAGAGGUGGUGGUGGCGGCCGUUACGACGACAGCUACGACUACGGCAAGCCGAAGAAGCCAGGCGGUGUCUACGAAGGUCACGGUGUCAAGAUGAACAUCGUCAACAGUAAUGUUCCAGUUGUUGAGCUGGCGACCCACUCGAUCUUCCAUGGCAACGCCUCGUGGCUCUUGCAGGCAGCCACCGGAAGCUGCGGCAAAGCCGAUGGGCUCUACGAGUAUUGCCAGGACAAGGAGGUCACCUCCAUCUGCGUCAGAGAUCUCCGAAUAGCUCGCGAUGAGAUUAGCAUUUGCCGCCUGAAAGAUCGACCAGACAUAAUGGCGGUGGGAACCAAUGGCAAGCGCUCAGCUCCAUGA